AUGUUGGGUUUGAAAGCACUUACAACUCGUGAUGUGACCUCGGCAAAGACACGAAGCAUUCAAGAUGGAGCUGAAUGGUAUCUCAGACGACUCAAUGGUGGAAAAGGUAUUCGACAAUUCGAUGAGACCCAAUUGUAUCGUCAGCCGAAAUAUGGAGAUGCUCCAUAUAGUGGUUUUCAAAAUCAAGUUCAACCUGAAAAAUGGAAUCCAAACGAAUGGAUGUCUCUGGCAAAAUCGUGCGGAGCACAAACUGUCAUCCGUACUUCCAAACAUCAUGAUGGUUACUGUUUAUGGCCUGCUGAGAGUACUGCUUAUCAUGAAAAACGAGAUAUUGUGGGGAGAUUUUAA